AUGGGAUGCGGGUCGUCGUCCUACACCUCUCCUCCAGGUGGAGUCGACGCUGACAACGGCACUGACGGGACCAGCUCAGACCGUCACACCAACACAGUCGGUCACGACAGCCCAGUAACCAGACCCGGCGAAGAGCGCAGAAGCAUCGCCACCCGGUACCGUCACCCCAUUUCCGAUAACAGCAGCGCCAACAUCGGCCCCACGCCCACGCCUGCUCACCUAGGCGACAACGCCAUCUAUGAUGACGAGUUCUGCAAUAACGACGACAAAGGGAAAGAAGCUGGUCAACGCGGCAAGAAAAACGCGGAUCACGUGAGAGACGAUGUUGCCAGCGGCGCACCAAAUGCAGAAAGAAGAACCAGCAGAAGAGCCGACGACAGUCCUAAUGGUUAUAUCAGAAAUGAAGUGGGGCUCAUGGAGCUGUAUCUGGAUUUCCGCUCUGCGAGAGAUAAAGAAACCUCCCAACAAUCCCCCGAAGUCAAGGCAGGAGAACUGUACACCGACACAGAAUUUGAUGUGCAGCGUGCCAUCGAGAAUUAUGAUGGCCUGGAGUGGAAACGGACCAGGGAGUUCCGAAAAAAUCCGAAGCUCUUUACAGAGGGCACCACCCGAUUUGACAUAGGUCAAGGGUCAGCUGGUACGUGUUGGUUCUUGUCCACAGUGGCCAGCCUGGCUUCUGAAGCUUCCCUUCUGAAACAAGUCAUACCAGAGGAUGCUUACAAAAUCGGCACCAGUGCAUAUGACGGAAUGUUCCACGCUCGUUUCUGGCACUUUGGUAAAUGGGAAGAUGUGUACAUAGACGAUUACCUGCCCAUAAUUAACGGUAUCAAGCCAUGGGGAGCUCACUCCGCGUCUGAUGAGGACGAGAUGUGGGUUGCCCUCCUUGAAAAGGCCUUUGCAAGGUAUCACGGCUCAUACAACGCCAUAUACGGGGGUCAGCCUGGUGACGCUUAUGUGGCGCUGACGGGAGGAACUGGCGAGAGGAUAGACUUCAAGGAAGACGACACAACGUCCUCGGCAUUCUUGAACCGUCUUCAAAACGCCGUCCGUUGUGGUGCACAGGUCAUGUGUAGCGUUCCCGAUGAACAUGAUGGGCAGCAUGGACUUAUUGGAGGGCAUGCAUACACUGUGACUGGUGUUGCGGAGAUAAAGGGAACCAUGCUGUUACGCGUUCGAAACCCAUGGGGACACACGGAAUGGACCGGUGCCUGGAGCGACAAGAGCACUGAAUGGGAGGGUGUACCGGAAGAACAGCUGCAGCGAGAGAAGAAGGAUGACGGUGAGUUUUGGGUGUGCCUGGCCGACUUCCUGACCUAUUUUUCUGACACCACCAUCUGCUCACUGACGCCCGACUUCGAUCUAGAUGGUGCCACGUCCGACGAUUCUCUGAAUAUGUGCUCAAUGUCUUCGAUGAGUGGAAGGGAUCAACGGCUGCAGGAUUUCAAAGGCGAAUGGAAAACCCGCGCUUUGCGUUCACUGUUCCUGAAACAGAAUCAUAUCCUGUCACGUGACGAUUGUAACAGAGUCCCGCGAUGUGCCAGUGGUGGUCCAGCUCGUUCAGAGCCGCUCGGAUCGCAGAGACGAAGGCUUCCAGUCCGAUGUGACGUAGUAAAGGUGGACGAAAGCAAUGACCGCUUCAGUGAGGUGCAGAUUUUGGGAGACAAUGUCAACGUGUACAGAAGGGAGGUGCAGAGCUGCGUCCGCCACACGCUGGUCCCCGGCAACUACGCCGUGCUGCCCAGUACUGACGAGCCCGGCCUAGAGGACGCCUUCCUCGUCAGAGUGUUUUCUCCUUGCCCUCUUCUCCGUGUCAGGAAAGUGAAUCCAGCUCACAAGUUUUCUGCCCUUCGUCUGAAAAGCAGUUUCAGCUACAAGGGACGCACUUACUCUCUCGACUACCGCCAAAAGCUGCCAGGAGCCUGGGUGGCAGGGGUGAACGCCGGAGGCCAGAUAGGUAACGAGGAUAUUUACGCGACGAAUCCCCAGUACCACGUCACACUACGCAAGGAGGGACCCAUCAUCAUCAGUGUGAUGCAAGAUCCCUUUGAUCCCCUGCUUCCAAUUGGCGUGCGUCUUUACAAGGUGAAGGCGAAUGAAGGGGCUCUAGACUACCAGGCUAUUGUUGACCGCUUCGACAGGUGUCCAGCAACAGCAUCCGGCGCGCAGCACGUGUACGUCAGGGACUGGAGCAUAGAGGCGUCUUACGUGCUGCCCGCGGGUAGCUACGCGCUCAUUGUCCACACAGAACAGCAGGAUGCAGAGAAGCACUUCACUAUACGUUUCAUGUCAUCAACACAGCUACAAAUCCGGUGA